AUGCCUAUCCAGAAAUUAAAAGCCCGACAAAUAUUCGACUCUCACGGCGACCCAACACUCGAAGUUGAUCUCGUGACCGAUAUUGGACUUCUGCGAUCCUCCGUCCCCUGUGUUUUCUCGCCUAACCCAAACGAAGCUACCGAACUGCGGGACAACAACGAAGCCUCGUACAACGGCCGAUCGGUAUUCAAAGCAGUUGAAAUCAUCAACAACACCAUAGCUCCGGAGCUUCUUCGCUCGAAGCUUGAAGUAUGUCAGCAGCGCGAAAUUGAUAAUCUGAUGACAAGCCUGGACGGAACUGACAACAAGUCAAGGCUUGGAGCAAACGCAAUUCUCGCUGUCUCUGUCGCCUGCUGCAAGGGUGGCGCGGCAAAAAGGGGCCUUCCGCUUUACAGAUAUAUCGCUGAAUUGUCAGAAAACACGGAAAUAAUUAUUCCCGUACCAGCGUUCAAUGUAAUCAGCGGCGGAAAAUAUGCUGGAAAUUCUCUUGCUUGUCAGGAAUUUAUGAUCCUACCUACAGGUGCGGAAAGUUUUGCCGAUGCGAUGAAAAUGGGCACCGAAGUAUUUCGCGUCAUAGAGCGAAAACUUGGCGAACAACAAGAUGCGAAACUACCGUUACCGGUAGGCGACGAAGGUAGCUUUAUGCCCGAGUUAGAAGACGACAAGGAAGCUUUGUCUAUAAUAGACGAUGCGAUUAAAACGGCGGGCUACGAUGGAAAAAUUAAAAUUGCUCUGGACAUGGCAGCAUCAACAUUUUGCAAGGAUGGGCAGUACGAUUUAUCCUUCAAGAGCGAAGAUUCCGACCCGAGUGAUUAUAUUGAGGCGGAAGAGCUCCGCGAUCAAUACUUGGAGUACAUGAACGAGUUUCCAGCGAUCGUAUCGAUAGAGGAUCCAUUUGAUUUGGAGGAUUGGGACGGGUGGCCGAUGUUGAGCGACCAGUCAAUUCAAAUCGUCGCCGACGAUUUAACGGCAAUGAACAUCGAACGUAUAGAGGAAGCGAUUGAAAAACAAACCGCGAACUGUCUACUGAUCAGGUUACCUCAGAUUGGAACUGUUACGGAGGCAAUAAAUUGUAAUCGAUUGGCGCGGACCAGUGGCUGGAGUUGUCUGAUGUCGGGAGGUUACGGAGAAACUGAAGAUACUUUUAUAGCAGAUAUGGCCGUCGGCAUCUCCGCGGGUCAGCUGAAGGCCGGGGCUCCGUGUCGGAGCGAGAGAAUGGCGAAAUACAAUCAAAUUUUGAGGAUCGAAGAAGAGUUGGGGAAAGAUGCUAAAUAUGCCGGCAACAAUUUUAGGUAUCCCUUCAGCAAGUACAAAUAGCUGCUGAUGCGGUUGAAUUAAAAUUUCAGGCAGAGAAUAAACAGUGACUUUAUAAUCAUAAGUAUGAUUUAUGCAUAUUAAUUUCUAUUUUAACUACUGAAUGCUGGUAAAUUGGGAAGAAACGAACGGUAGCCAAGUCAUCGAUCAUUCUCUGUUUUUGUCUGUAUCAAUGCUUGAGUAAU